GCAAGAGAAGAUUUUAUUAGUUAUUCACAAGAGCAUUAUUAAGCGCUUCAAGUUGGUGUUUGGAAGAGAGGCGCCCACGAGUUGUUCCCUUUAGCAUGCAAGUACUGUUGCGGAGAGCCAUACAGAGAACUCUAGCAUUUCCUUGUGGAACGCUAAGGAUAUCCGCAGCUCUGAUGGAUACGGAAAGGCAGAGGGCCGGUAAGCCACGGAGGCGUCAGAGAAGCUCAGGUGCAAGAGCCGCUGCAGCUGCUCCUGUCGCCCCUGCUUCCCUGGGGCUCAGGCCCACCAUCCCGCAGUUUCAGCAGCAAGCCAACAUGUCCAGCACCACGAAGGAAAGCCUGACAGAGGCCACUUUCGCCUCCUUCGAGCUGUCAGCGGCGACUUUGAGGGGUAUCACAGAGGUGAUGGGAUACACAAAUUGCACUAAGGUACAAGCAGAGACUCUGCCAGCCACGCUCAGAGGCUUGGACGUUGUCUGCAAGGCAAAGACUGGAACAGGGAAGACACUGGCUUUCCUCAUCCCAGGAAUUGAGAGGAUGCUGGAGGCGCCUGCUGGAAGGGGCAAAAUUGCAAUGCUGGUAAUCAGUCCCACGCGUGAGCUCGCAGCUCAGAUUGCUGAGGAGGCCAAGCAGCUCACAAAGCACCAGAACCUGGCUGUUCAGGUGAUGUUUGGCGGCACAAACAUGAACAGGGAUAUCACUGACCUGCAAAGGAGAGUGCCUGAUGUGCUGGUGGCCACGCCUGGGCGCCUGCUGGAUCACCUGCAGAACACCGGCACGCUGCCCCCCAUGCUGAGCAAUCUGCGCAUGCUUGUGCUGGACGAGGCCGACCGCUUGCUGGACAUGGGAUUCAGGCAGGAGAUUGAGAAGCUUGUCCGGAUGCUGCCGCCCAAGAACGGGCGCCAGAACAUGCUGUUCAGCGCGACAUACCCCAGCAACAUACGUGAGCUGGCCGGCAUCGCUCUGCGCCCAGAGUACCAGGUUGUCGACACUGUCGGGGAGGAGGACACGCACGCCGCAGAGACGGUGCAGCAGCAGUACAUAGUCACGUCCAUGGAGGAUCAGAAUGCGCAUCUGCUUGCAGUCAUCCGGCAGCACAUGAGCGAGGACCCCAGCUUCAAGAUCAUGGCUUUCUUUGUGACGGCGCGCGUGACGCAAUUCUACUGCGAGCUCUUCCAGGCCAUGGGCAUCCCCGUGCUGGAGAUGCACUCGCGCAAGAGCCAGGCGCAGCGUACCAAGGCGGCCGACCAGUUCCGCGCCAGCAAGGGCGGCUGCAUCAUGUUCAGCUCCGAUGUGUCUGCGCGCGGCGUCGACUACCCCGACGUAUCCCUCGUUGUCCAGCUGGGCCUGCCCAUGGAGAAGGCGCAGUACGUGCACCGACUGGGCCGCACGGCGCGCGCCGGCAAGAGCGGCAAGGGGCUCAUCAUCUUGGGCGACUACGAGUCCAACUUUCUCAACUCCCUCUCUGACCUACCCAUCACAGCUGCGCCGAGCCCCUCGCCCCAGGUCUUCGCUGGAGCCCAGGAAGCCGUCGAGGCCGGCCUGGCCGCUGUUGCCUAUGCCUCCAAGGCACAGGCUUACAGGACCUGGCUGGGCUUCUACAAGGGCUUCUGCAAGAUGUGCAAGUGGGACUCAACGCGUCUCAUCCAGGCUGCCAAUCAGUAUGCAGUCACUCUGGGUUGUGGUGCACAGCCCCCUCCGAUUGAGAAGAGGACAGUUGGCAAGAUGGGCCUGAAAGGUCAGUGCCUACCAGCCAUUCUCCUAAUGCUGUGA